AUGAAUUCGACCACUCCAAUCUUCAAUACCUCCGAAACCGCCAUCCUGGAGGGGCUCAUCCCCGGGUAUGCGUUCAUCUCGCGGCUCCUGUUAUCAUACCUCCACAUCGACCUUUCGCUCUACAUCCCAUACAUCUUCACGGCCAUCAGUAUCUACUUUGCCUCCGACCAUGUGUCCCACCAUGUUCAGAGCCUGUUCCGGAGCCAUCUCAUGGCCUCAACUGAGGUCCGCAUCUACGACGAUGUCUACAUUUACCUCAUGUUCUGGAUUUCGCGCCACCGAUGUAUGCAGAGCACCAGGCACAUCUAUGCCAGCACCCAGCUCUCCGUUGAUCGGUACUACUACGACUCGGACGACUCGGACGACUCAUCCGAAGAGGAGAUCGAUGAGGAAGAGAUCGCAAGGAGCAGUUUUGAUGAGUACUGGAACAAGAUGAUCGCCCGGGACCGCACAAAGCGCUUACGCUUUACACCAGCUCAUGGAGUCCAUCGCUUCCGGUACAAGAACCGCCUGAUCUUCCUCAAUCGCGUUCGCGACCGGUCCACCAACUCCUUGUACAUGCAGGACAAUUCGGAACGCCUGAUUAUCUCGUGCUUUGGACGGGACACCACGCUUCUUAAGCAGCUGCUCGCGGAGGCGCAGGCGGCGUAUGUUGCACGCGACGGUAACAGCACGGUCAUCUAUCGAGGUCAGAAGGCGAAUGGCCGUACCGACUGGAUCCGUUGCAUGGCGCGUGCGCCGCGGGCACUCUCCACUGUCGUGCUGGACCAGACCCAGAAAGAUGAGUUUGUCAAUGACAUCAAGGAAUACCUGCAUCCAAGGACUAGAAGAUGGUACUCCAACCGCGGGAUCCCGUACCGACGCGGCUAUCUGCUUCACGGGCCUCCGGGGACCGGCAAGACGAGCUUGAGCUUCGCCGCUGCUGGGGUGUUGGGCGUGCCGCUGUAUCUACUGAAUCUGAGUUCCAGAAGUCUGGACGAGGAUGAUCUCAUGGGCCUCUUUCACCGACUGCCUCGGCGGUGUAUUGUGCUCCUGGAGGAUGUCGACUGCGCGGGUAUGACGCAGAAACGCGGGCCUGACGACAAGGACAAGGACACCGACACCGACCACGCUGCCUCUGCCCGGAAGCCGAGAGACAAGGCUGAGAGCGGCCCUCCGGAGAAGCAGGGGAUCUCGCUCUCCGGUCUACUCAAUGUCAUUGAUGGUGUGGCCGCCAGCGAGGGUCGCAUUCUCAUCAUGACUACCAAUCAUCCCGAGAAGCUGGAUGCCGCGCUGCUCCGUCCUGGACGCGUGGAUAUGAGCAUCGGGUUUGGCUAUGCGCAGAGCCACGAUGUCGAGGAACUCUUUGCGUCUAUCUAUUCCAUGCUGGAGGGUGAUUUGCGUUCUGCAGAUACGGGAGGUAGCCUUGAAAAGACCUGGCACUCCAUGACCAACGGGGUAAAGCCUGUGAAUGGGAAGCAAUCUCUUGUGAUCACUCCGGGGGAUAUUUCGAACUUGGCGCGACAGUUUGCAGCACAGGUUCCCUCUGGUGAGUUUACUGCUGCAGAGGUUCAGGGAUAUCUUCUGAACUACAAGAAUAACCCUCAGGAGGCGAUUGAUGGGGUGGAGCAGUGGCUGAAGAGCACGCGCGAGACACGCGAGAUGCGUCUUGAAAAGUUGAACUUGAGCAAGUAA